AUGGAUCCAGUAGACGACAAACACACCGACCCCGAACUUGUAAUUGUCGAAGACGAUGUUGAGGAUGUAGCCAAGCCGGAAACUGCAUUCAGCACAUUAUCUAGAAUACCGAGCACCUUCUAUGACUUUGUAUGGGAGAUUCUCUCUCCUCCGUCAGGAAAUACGCAUUCGACAUUUAAAGAUCAAAUACCAAGUGCUGACACGACAACCACAUCUGGACGAGACCGUGCUGAAUCUUUCUCCUCGUCUUCACCUGACGAUGAUUCUGGUUGGGAUGACGCUGCGAGUGUCAAGCAAAGCAGUACGUUCAGGCGGUCUAGUCUACCUGAAGCUGUUAUACUUGCGCUGGAGGAAGAUCGCAGAAGUGUCAAGGAGCUACAUCCGAAAAGUGAACGCCACUCAGUCUUUGAUGUGUUCGAUAGACCUAUAUCGCUCAUAGGAGUGACGGACCCGGAGAGUGUCAUUGUCACUCCACAACUAGCUUCUCAGCUUCGACCACAUUUGACUCCACUUUUGAGAGACUGCCAUUCAUGGAAGUUUCUUUAUGGUUUAUCGACCCACGGUGCACGCUUAGCUACAAUAUAUGAAACGCUGAGUACAGAGAGUGGUUCGAUACUGCUAGCCAUCCGAGAUACUCAAAACAAUGUAUUCGGCGCCGUGUUGAAUGAGCCACUCGUGUGUUUGCCUGGCUUCUACGGAACAAGUAUUGGAAGUUUUCUGUGGAAGCAGACAUCGCAAAACGAAGCAAAGGCAUUCCCAGCCACGGGUAGAAACGACUAUAUCAUCUUCUCGGAUCAGAAUUUUGUAACGAUUGGAGCAAGCAAUGGUGAAAAUGGAAUCUGGUUUGAUGCUGAACUGUAUCAUGGUCACUCGGCACGCUGUGAGACUUUUGACAAUGAGCCAUUGUCGUCAACUCUUGAAUUCGAGAUAGUCGAACUGGAAAUAUGGGGAUUUCGCCAUUAG